AUGGGGGAAAUGGAACAGAUGAAACAGGAGGCUGAGCAGCUGAAGAAGCAGAUUGCGGACGCACGGAAAGCCUGUGCAGACACAACACUUGCUCAGAUUGUGUCUGGAGUAGAAGUGGUUGGCCGCAUUCAGAUGCGGACCCGAAGGACCCUGCGUGGGCACCUGGCCAAGAUCUAUGCCAUGCACUGGUCCACAGACUCCAAACUCCUGGUGAGUGCCUCACAAGAUGGGAAACUGAUUGUAUGGGACACAUACACUACCAACAAGGUUCACGCCAUCCCUUUGCGUUCUUCCUGGGUCAUGACCUGUGCCUAUGCCCCCUCAGGCAAUUUUGUGGCCUGUGGGGGCCUUGACAACAUGUGCUCCAUCUACAACCUCAAGACUCGUGAAGGCAACGUCAAAGUGAGCAGGGAGCUCUCAGCCCAUACAGGUUAUCUCUCCUGCUGCCGAUUUCUGGAUGAUAACAGUAUUGUGACUAGCUCUGGAGAUACCACAUGCGCGCUCUGGGACAUUGAGACGGGGCAGCAGAAGACAGUGUUCCUGGGUCACACCGGAGACUGUAUGAGUUUGGCCGUCUCCCCAGACUUUAAACUGUUCAUCUCUGGGGCCUGCGAUGCUACUGCCAAACUGUGGGACGUGCGGGAGGGCACCUGCCGUCAGACCUUCUCAGGGCAUGAGUCCGACAUCAACGCCAUCUGCUUCUUCCCUAAUGGUGAAGCCAUCUGCACUGGCUCAGAUGAUGCCACCUGCCGUCUCUUUGACCUGCGGGCAGACCAGGAGCUCAUCGUGUACUCUCACGAAAGCAUCAUCUGUGGAAUCACAUCAGUCGCCUUCUCCCGCAGCGGGCGCCUUGUGUUUGCUGGAUAUGACGACUUCAACUGCAAUAUCUGGGACUCCCUGAAAGCAGAGCGUGUGGGAAUCCUCUCUGGCCAUGACAACAGAGUGAGCUGCCUGGGGGUGACAGCAGAUGGCAUGGCUGUUGCCACAGGCUCCUGGGACAGCUUCCUCAAGAUUUGGAACUGAAGAUAACAGCAGAGAGGGAAAGAGCAGCAGAAGCACGGCCAAGGUCUGAGCCCACGCAAACAGCAUCUUCAGCUGAACACAGAAACUUCUGCUUAU